AUGAGCACGAAACGUUCUCGGAAGAAACGGUCGCUGCCUGUCGGUCCUUUGCCGCCUCAAGUGGCAUGGCUCGAUGGCAUUUCGAUGAAUGUGACGCCUCUCAUCUCCUGGCCGCUACCUUUUUAUCGGCGUGUUGAGUACUUGCUCACAGUGACGUGUGAAAGCCACGAUUCAGCUGAGUCCUCAACUUGGCACUUGGUUCGCAGUUUUGACGAAUUCCGGUUCUUACGCAAAAGGUUGGUGGCGGCCUUGAAGCGCGGCCACUUCUGCCAGGCCGAGUGUCCGUGGCUCUACACGUUCCUCAAAAGUUACUACCCCACUUCUCACUUAGUCGGAAGUUCCUCAACGCAAGUGAUGGAUAGACGACGGAAGACGUUGACACGGAGCUUGGCGACAAUCCGGAGCUUUCUGAUAAGCAAAGCCAACCACGUCUGUCCUCUAGUGAUGCGAGGUGUGGCAUCAGAGCUGCUGGAGUUCGUCGUUGGUGAACAAAAGCAAUUUGAACAAAACGAUCUGGGCAAAGCUCCCGUUUGGCUUCGUCAAUUGCUGCAGAGGUGGCACGACGGAGAUCUUGACGUUAACGGCUGUGCGAUAUAUACGUUGGUGGGUCAUUUUCAAAAGCAGUGGAAGACCGACGUGGGUGAAAAUCGAUGGUCUCAAUUCGCAACUGCCGAAUCAUUUUCGACGCUGAGUUGCGGCCACCGCUUUCACGACGAAUGUUUGAUCCAAAAACUGAAUGAAGCGAUGAAAUGUCCGACCUGUGGCCAUGGCGAGGCAAUCCCCAACAUGACUUGUUAA